AUGGUGUACAUACGACAGGAUAAGCUACCAAAGCUCAGGGAGUACAAGUACUCUGGCGUGGAUCACAGCUUGCUUUCACAAUAUGUCCUCAAGCCUUUCUACUCUCAUGUGGUCAUCAAAUGCUUUCCUAUGUGGAUGGCACCCAACCUUAUAACACUCUCUGGGUUCGGGUUCAUCAUAGUCAACUUCCUCACCUUACUCUGGUAUACACCGACCCUUGAUCAAGAUUGUCCGCCUUGGGUGUACGCCAGCUGGGCCAUUGGACUGUUCCUCUACCAAACAUUUGAUGCUGUGGAUGGGAGUCAGGCCCGCAGGACUCGCCAGAGCGGUCCUCUAGGCGAGCUGUUCGAUCAUGGAGUCGAUGCGAUCAAUACGACACUGGAAGUAUUGUUGUUCUCUGCGACAAUGAAUCUUGGCCAAGGCUGGAAGACAGUCCUCACGCUCUUUGCAUUGUAUGCCUCAACGGCCUACCUUGGUGGAGGUAGCUUCUGGCAACGCUCCAUGAUCCAAAGUCUCGGAGUGAAAGAGCAAGGAUUCAUUCCAGAAGUGCUGUACAAUUUGGCAUGGAACGAAUGGUAUAUGGUCUAUGGAGGAGUUGUGCUCGUGUUUAACACUGUUUCGAGCGCGCAAAAUGUAAUGAAGGCGCGUCGUGCCCGUGGUCAAAAGGCGCGAGUCGCUCUCCUGGGUCUUCUUACCUUCGGGGCGGCUUGGGUCCUCAUCACGGCGUACUUGUACCUGCAACCUAUGAUCUUGCAUCACCAUCUGGUUCCGUUCAUCUUCUACGCUGGUCUCAUCAACGCGUACUCGGUGGGUCGCAUGAUCAUCUCUCACCUUACGAAAUCCCGAUUUCCUCGAGGCAACGUACUGAUGUACCCUCUCAUCUACGGAGUGAUCGAUUCGCUCGGGCCAUGGCUACAGGAGCACAUUGGUGUCGGCUGGCCAAGUGCCUUGGGCAACGAUGUUUAUCAGGUUGCCUUUGUGUUCAUGUGUCUAGGUCUUGCUGUCGGUGUGCAUGGAAGCUUCAUCGUGGAUGUUAUUUGGACGAUCUGCGAUUAUCUGGACAUCUGGUGUCUCACGAUCAAGUACCCCUACCAGCCGGUAAAAGAAAACAUCGAACGGAAGGGACAAUGA